GCCAAAAUGCGAAAUAGCAGAGUAUUAAGGAAUACAAAUUUAAAUAUCAAACAUCAACAUUUCAUAAAACCUACACUUGAAACCGCUAGUGUAUUUAAGAAUAUAUUAAAAUGGUCGUCUUUCUUUGGAUUUCUCGGUUUAGUUGGUAGUCUAGCUGCAUUUGAAGGUUUGAAUCAAUACGUAGAGUUUUAUAAAUUAGAAAGAGCUACAUUAGCAUAUGAGCCACCUUCGAACGAUAUAGAAGAGUGGUCAUUCGAGAAUGAUGAUUGGUCUGGUGGCCAAUCAGGCGGUACAGAACCAAGUUUGCCAUGGAAAGCAGCACAUUUAAUUAGGUCAGCUUGGAUAGCUUUAGAAUGGGGUGUAGGUACAGCUAGUAAUGCAGCUUCACUCAAUCCAUCACUUGAAAUAUCCCAAUCGUAUUUAUUAUCAGCAAUAAACCACAUAGAGAGUAAUGAUAACGUAAAAAACAAGGAUAUCGCUUUGAGCGCCCUUUAUUUGAGAUUGGCCGAUAUUCGCCAGAGGAUGGGUACAAGAGUAUCACUCAAUAACGCACUCGAUGGUUACGAAAAGGUACAUUCUUUCCUGGUUUCCAAAGGUGGACCAAAGACAGCUCUCAUGAAGGUUGAAAGAAGCGCAGGUGACGUUUGCAAGUCACUUGGUUUAGACAAAGAAAGCGAGAGAUGGUAUUUCAAAUGCUUAAAUCACUUUUCAUCAAGCAAGAAGAAUACUUCUUUCGGUGGUUACAUGCCAAGCUGGUUGACGAGACGCCAGGAAGUGGACACUCAAAUUGACAUUAGAUUACUAUCCCCUUCGCAGUUUAGGGCUUACAUAGACACUCUCUUGUCAUUAUCAAGACUAUACUCAACAACAAACAGGUUGACAGAAGCAAUGACAGUUCAGAAGAGAUUGAUUGAUGUUUUGACCAACAGUAUAGAUACAAAGCAGGGAUUGCAAAACGACUGGACAAAGCAUUCAUUAGCGUUGUCACAGGUGCAUUUAGCUGAGGUCACAUAUGCACUUAACAAAAAUAAACUAGAUGAAUCUCUGGGAUGGCUUCAAAAUGCAGAGCAAUUAUCUUCGAAUGUUCACAGGUCUAUCGAAAACGUCAAUACAAGUGAUGCCUUCAGUAAAAACCAAGCCCACAAACUCACCAACGCAAGUCAAAGAACUGCAUCUGAAUGUGCAUACUUGAUGGGAAUACUUCAUCAAUCACAUGACGAUAAAGAGAGGGCAUUGGGGUGCUUUGAAAGGGCUAUCAAGACUACUUUACAAGUUGAUACACUCACUAAAGAUGAUUUGGAUAGUUUAUCGAAGGACCCAAUUAAUAGGAAGUAUAUUGACGCAUAUAAGAAUGUUAGAAAGUAAUAUUAAUUAGUAUAUAUAUAUAUAUAUAUAUAUACAUUUGCAUGAUAAUAUAUUUUAUAAA